AUUUGCCUCAGUCAAAAUUUGAAACCGUUAGCUACUAACGUAGCGAAGCUUCUUCGGCAAAAAAAAGAACUUCGUGGCCAUGAAGUUGCGACUGAUUUUCUUCGUCUUUUUUUUCGUUUACAGUAGAUCCAAUGUGAUUGGGCAAGCAACAGUGGACCUUAAGCAAAACGAAGGACCCCUAACAGCAGCUCCGGUUAUUCCUGGCACGCCGGAAGGCCAACUAUCGUUAGUGGAUCGCUUGGAAACAAUGGAAAAGGCAUUCAGGGCUAUAGUGUCAGCUCUUUCGAACCAAUCCAACGAUUUAUUCGCACCAAUUAAAGAAAUCUUGGUACAAGAUCCGUCUGUCAGGUCGUUCCUUUCAUCAACAUCAUUUUUACCAAAUGCCACUACCACCCCUGUAAGUGAUACCGAUAAAUAUGUGACCAUCGAGAGCAGCAAACAAGCAACGAAAGAAAUCCUUCAACAAGGGAAGAAUAUGGUGGACACGCUUAAAGGAGUAGUCAAGUGUUCAUUAGCUCAUUUGGUUGAUAUCAAUAACAUCGAUGAUUUAAACUCGAGCCUUAACGGAUCGUCAUUAACCGCUCUAUUCACUAGCAAAGAAUCAAUUGAAAUCAAUUGGCCCAUGCCCUCGGCCGAGUGUUUGAAAUUCAGUACAGGUGUAUGGAUCAGAGUAUACCAGUCCGGUGACGAAGACAAAUGGCCGGCAGAAACUCUUUUAACUGUACCUCAAAGGUGCAUGAAAAAGAGUUCAAAAACUUUGUACUCGAUCGUCCUUUCUCCACCGUCUAUCUCUGCAACUGGAAAGAAAGAUCCUUGCAAUUUUCAUUUGACCAAAAGUCUGACUCAAUGCCGAUCUUACGUCGUGCAAGUCAUCCCAAAUUAUCAAUCGCUCAGAGGAAAAACCUUACGAACAGAAAUCGUAGUUCCACCAAAGAUUAGUGAAGAUCCGAGCAUGAAAUCGUUACUAACUGCCGUGGCGAAUGGAGAUUUAUGGAAAUUGAAUUGGAAGGAUAAUUCUGGUUGCGAACCUCAGAUGACAUCUUUGAACCUGAAAAUAUUCCAGGAUGGAUUUGUCGAUAGUCUAAGACACAAUGUUAGUACCAUCAAGAUUCCGCGAAGUUGUUUGAGACAACACGCAAAUGACGAUAACCUGUUCACAAUGGUUUUACCAGCUAAUCAACAGACAUGCCCGAUUGAUUGGAAACCAUUAGACAAGUGUCGCAAAUACAGACUUGAAAUGAGUUCCCAGUACACGGACACUUGGAAUGGGCCUUCUACUUCAUUGGAGAUACUUGCAAAAGGAAACGAAGUUGCAAACAAUUCACUUGAUUCAAAUGAGAUAUGGAGAUGUCAAAGAAAACAUUUCUACUGUGAGUACAAUGGCUGUUGGCCGUCCGACCACAGCUAUGUAUGUGACGGACAAAAUCACUGUAGAAAUGACCGAGAUGAACAAUACUGCGAUCAGGUAUGCAAAGAUGGAUUUAAAUGCGGUCGGCAGUGCAUACCCAACGAACUCGUUUGCAAUGGAAAUUUCGAUUGUCUCGGUAAACCAUUUACUUUAUUCUUUCUUGUACCUGCAGGUUACGACAACAUGUGUCAGCAAUUCACAAAUUCAUCGGGAAAUUUUUCGUCGCUGAUUAUCCCCAAGCCUGUAAAUGAAAUUAGAUCUGAUAGAAUGUCCGAUAUUGUCCGUAAAACGGCCGUUUUGAUAUCGGUAGAACCCAAUCACCAAAUUUGGCUCACGUUUGAAAAAUGCGUCACUUCCGAAAACAAACACUUUGUUAAAAUCUAUGACGGACCUUACUCCACCAGUCCUCUUCUGUUAUCCCGAAGCGGUUCACUAAGUCCAUUUUCCGUACGAUCAUCGUCUAACGAGCUUUAUGUAGAAUUUCCAUCCUAUUAUGAUGUGACAUAUGGAAUCACUGCCGUCUACUCGAGUAUAAACGCUACAAGCGAACCAUUUAUACUAGGAUGCGGAGGUUAUAUCAAAGGUGAAGGGGUGAUUUCAACGCCAACCUAUUCUGCUAAUCCCGAUAUCGCCGACUGCUUUUGGUUCUUGGAAACGAAGAACAGCGAAGAUACUAUUGUACUAAGCAACUCGGAUUUCCUCUCGUAUCAGAGAAUGAAAUUAAUUUCUACUACUGCGAGAUCCUCUGAGUAUGAUCAUUAUGGUCGAUGGCAAAAUCCUUCACCUGUAUCAACAGUACCUCCGCUGGCUGAGUCGCCCUCUCUAAUCAUUCAUGACGGAUGGAGUACUGAAGGUCUUGUGCUUUACGAUGGGGAAGCCAAAGAUCAACGGAGGGCAGUCGCCUAUUCGAUCAGCAACAAAAUGAUGGUUCAUUUGACGUCACCUGAAAUUAGAGAACAACCUGCAUUCUCCUGGACAGUCUCCAGAAUUUCUACACCGCAAUGCAACCAUACCUUUGAUGGAUCUAAUGGAAUAAUCAAAAGUCCCAACUAUCCAUUAGUUUAUUCGCAUCUGAGUGAUUGCCGCUGGAACAUCGAUGUGAAAUCUGGUUUAAAAAUCCGAUUGCUUUUUGCUUUCUUUGAAACACAGGACCAAGCAGAUUUUCUCUACGUAUACGAUGGACCGACUGUGUACUCGAAGCUGCUGUUGGAAAAAUCAGGAUCUAUUACACCAUUUGAAAUUACCUCGACAAGCAAUCAAGUGCUACUCAGGUUCUUAACUGAUGCCAACACUGCGUUUCCUGGUUUUCUUGUUGUUUAUUCGACAGUUUGAGUCUUUCUUAUUCAGUAAUUCUACAAUUUGUAAUUUGGCCUCAAUAUAAAAAAGUUAGGUAGCGUCA